GUUCUCUAUUCUCGGGCUUGGAACAACCAGAUGCAUGUGCCUAAUAUGCGGACGGCAUCAUUUUAAUCAAUAUCAUGAUUCCCUUGGACGGCUUAGUUGGAAAGGACCCGGUCAAAAUACCUUGCAGUCACGUGAUCUGUCUGCAUUGCAUUUCUGAAUGGAUAGUACAGGAACGAAAUUGUCCUAUGUGCAGACAGGACAUCCCUGAGGAUUUUAGGAUACAGUCCACCCAAAUUAUAAGGUUAGAUUUCUUUUCUUACUUAAAAGGGUUAGUUUCUAGUUUGGAGUGAAAGGAGGAAAAUUACAAACUUGUCCCCCUUACUUUUAUUUAUUGCCUAGAAAGAUGGUUUACAGCUUACUAUUAAAUUAAGAACCAACGCCUUGGGUCGAGGCCAACGGUUAUGGGGGACCUUACGAACAACUUAUUGACCAAAACGUGCAAAACCAACAAACAUGAAAGUGACUGAACAAAAAUGAACAAAUUUGAUUAAAAAUCUGCGACAAACAUUGGCGUAACAGUCAACGGAUCGAAACAGUGCUUCUUUUAAUUGAGGAUGUUGUCCUGCUACAGCUCAUUUCAGUGUGAUCAUGUUUGUCCCUGGGAAAAUUUGAGGUGUACUGAUGAACUACUGCUAAUAUCUUUCUGUUGCGCCAUUUUUAGGAAAGCUGUCCAAGAACACUCUGACUUUCGCCGCCGAUGUAACUCUUUCUUCAUGGAGCUUGUUUCAUUAUUUUGUUUUGGCGCUGAAGGUGGUGAAAGUGUAAUGAACAACGAGCUGUUCGACAUGUUCAUGAGUUACGUGAUCGAAGCUGCUAGUUCUAAAACCAAAGACUUUUCUCCUUUCCCUGAGCAUGGUAUUGAUGCAACUGCUGUGGUGAGGUCAUUCCUACUACAGCAACUACUGAGGACACGGUAUGUAAUGGAAGCAUUUGUUUUUUUCAUUUGUAGGUAUAAUUCCAUUGGUUGGUGGUUAAAUAGUUGUUUAACGCUAAUCCAGGAUUUACUGUUAACAAAGCACUGUUUUCGCAUCUAGUUUAUUUAAAUAUUUAUGUCUUUAUUGCUUCAUUUACUUAUUUCAUCAUUUAUCUAUUUGUCGAAUCCCAUUAAAAAGACACCCAUGUUAGGCAAUGUACACACGAAUCCGGGCAUUUUUGAAACCGCAUAUCUUUUAUCCGGAUCCGUCUGGACGGGGCCUUAAACCGCUUUCAUAAAAAAUGCGGUUUCGGUGUCCGGAUUCACUCGUGGAGACGGACAGCGGAUUAGUGCAAAAACGUAUGCGGUUUCAAAAAUAUCCGGAUUGGUGUGGAGGGGGGCUUAUAAAAGUUGGUGUAGUGACUGAGUUCCAUUCACCCAUGACUUAAUGCUUCAACUUUCAUUAUUAUUCAUUUAAAAUAUUUCUCCGUUCCUAAUUGGCUGAAAGCACACGCACAAUUCACCAUAACCAGUUACUAAUGAACAAAUUUGGAAGAAUUUUGCAUUUAUAAUUCUACCUGGAAGUUUGAAAACUGUGUUAACAAACAUUUUGUAAUUUCUCUUAACUUCCCCUGUCUAAUAGCUUCUUUACUGAGUUGUUUGCUGAUGUCGUUUUUUUUUUGUUCGUUUUGUGGUUAGGGAUUUGUGUAGAAGUGGCUGUAGACAGAAUGUCGCGCAUUUCUAUGUACCCCCCACCCCUUCCCCCUUCACUCCCUUCUUGUUUUUUUUUCGAUCCUACCCACAAUUCUAAAUUCAACACAAGUGGCAGUUAUUUAAAAUCAGUGCUCGCCUAAAGCUGGUUUCGGUGCCGUUUAGCAGUUAACAUUUCGUUAUUGGUCACCUUGAGAAAAUUUUCCCGGAGAGCAUCAUGUAAAGCUCUGAGAUGGGACAAUGUUAAGACGAUUCGCAGAGUUUACAUCGUCCAAUAUCGUAUUGUAUUUUCGUUUCAUUUGGUUAAACGGAACAAUCACCCAGAUUCGGACUGAGACAGAAAGAUACGAUAUUGUUCGCUUUUCUAAGGUGACCACUAAGUUUUUGGGCUCGGAAACAGGCUCUUGGGAGUCAGAUGAAUUAGGCGAGAGAAACAUUGCAGGUGAACUUUGACCCAGACCCUGGUGUGAAAACAAGGUCUAGGCUGGUCUGCCGACCGUGUGAUCGUAAAUCCGGGAACUUGAAUAAGACGAGUGUAAGAGAAAAGUUCAGAGGUGUUUAUCUGCCAAUGGGCUGAGUUUUUACGAGUUAUUCGAUGAUAUUUCGCUUGUGUUAAACGUCAGAAGAUUAUGCGUGGCUGUUGAUAGUCUUAUCAGUGCCGCGAAAGUGUGUGACUAGAGACCUUUAGCAUCAGGUUUUUCAUGGGAAACCGCAAACCGCAGUUUGCAGUUACGAUUUGGCAGUUUCACGUUGCCGAGAGUAUAAUUUUAGCAAGGCGUUCAGUUCAGUUCAUUUUUAUUUAGCCAAAAUACAAUACAAUGCAAGAAUACAUAUGGGAACUGUAAGUUUGCAAGGAAGCCCAGAAGAAACCAGAAGGCUUUUGAAGCAUGGGCUCCCCAGUCACAAAGAAAUAAGUAAAAUAAAAUGAAAUUCACGGAGUGACACGUUAAAAAUAGGAACUAAACAGAUACUGAGUUAAGUUAUGAAUUCAGUAACAAGAAAGAAAAAAAAAAUUUAACCAUGGUGUCGCGGAGUUCCGCAGAGAACUGAAAACUAGCUAGGAGGCCUGGCUUCAAAGGAGGCUUGGCUACUCAGCAGAGAGAGAUAGAAACUGUGACUUGAAAACGUGGUCGAAGCAAACAUUGACUGAGAUUCGUUUAAUUUCUUGUUGUGUUAACAAAAGUUUAUUUCAAAAAAGUUUAGUAUUCGCAUCCUUGGCGACAUGUGGUAGCAGAGCGAGGUUGUAAGCCAUUUGUACGUGGAACAUGAGUGGAUGUAUUCGUCAGCGUUUAGGUCCGACGAAGAAGCGACUGAAGGAUCGAAUUAAACAAACUCAAGCCUUCCUCCAACACGAUGUUACUCUGGAUGAAAGUGAGAACAAAGCCAAUCAAUUACUCCUCAAGUUGGAAGGAAACCUCAAAUCUUAUAAAGAUUUACUGGAACAGCUACAAGAAUCAUCCAAGGAAGACGAAGCUAAAAGCCAGCGACUGGAAAAUGAAAUGGAGGAGUUCAGUAUUCUCGAGCUUGAUGGAGACGAGGCUAUUUGCGAUCUUAAAACACUUCUGAUAAAUAUUGCUAAACGAAAACAAGAGACAACUGAAAAGGAAGAAAAACAGAGGGAAAGAGCUCAUGAAAGAGAACUUCAAAUGGCAAAACUUCAACAAGAAAAGGACCUUCACCUUGCAAAACUUAAUCAAGAGAAAGAGAUUCAAAUGGAAAAGAUGAAGUUGGAAUUGGAAAUUUUGAGGCAGAAUGAAAUAGACAAACAGCGUGAACAUGAACUAAAGAAAGUGGAGGUGGAACUGGAAGCUAAAAGGAAGUUGGCUCAAGCUGAAAAGGAAAUGGAGCUCAAAAGAACAACUGCAGAUAUAGAACUUAAGAUGAAAGCAGAAAUGGAACAAAAAUGUCUUGAAUUAGAAAAACAGUUUGGUGUUCCAAUUACUCGUCACACUCCCACUAUCAAGCUUCCCAAACUGGAACUUCAAAAAUUCGAUGGAAAUAUUUUGAAGUGGCAAGAAUUUUGGGACUCUUUUGAAGCCUCUAUUCACAAGAAUCCAAACCUUCAGCCUGUGGACAAAUUCAAUUAUUUAAGAGCUGAAUUAGAAGGAGAUGCAAGUGUAGUUAUCUCUGGACUGGAACUAACUAACACCAACUACGAAGUAGCGGUAAAUUUACUGCAAGAGAGAUUUGGAAGAGAUGAACUCAUUAUGGAUGCUCACUACUCAGCGUUAAUGGAUCUUCCUGUUUCUUUAAUUAACACUGCCAAACUUCGUGAAACUUAUGACAUGAUUGAGAAGCAUCUUCGUUCUCUUAAAGCCCUCGGUGAAAAUGUGGACCAGCCACAUUUUGUUUUCCUCAUUAAGUCAAAGCUGCCAAAGACAGUGAUAUCCCGGAUGGAAGAGUACAAGGACAUGGAGGACAAGUGGACAGUGGAAAGUAUCCGAAAGGCUUUAAAGCGGUAUAUUUGUGCUCAAGAGGUUGGAGAACGUCAAACACAAUUGAUUCAGAGCCCCGAAAGUCAAGAUACCACAGUGAAGUCUCAAAAACAGAAAUCGUUCCCUUCAAGAUGGGCUGGGAUCACCACCACGGGUGCCUUACUUUCUGGAAAUGAAGAGUCUGCUACUGGUGGUCAAACAAUGGGCUGCUUUUACUGUCACAGAAAGGAUCACUGGAGUGACCAGUGUAAAACAUUUCCAACGGUAGAGUCAAGAAAGGCAAAAAUCAAAGGAAACUGCUUUAUUUGCUUGAAGCCAAAUCAUCUACUGAAAGACUGCAAAGUAAACAAGCCAUGUUUUCAUUGCCAUAAAGCUGGAAAUCAUCACAGGAGUCUUUGUCCUAAAAGGUUUUCUUCUAAUGAAGAAAAUGAAACUUUGACUAUGUUUAUUGACCCCCAAAUGGCACCGGAAACUGAAAGUUCACUACUGGUUUCCGGCGAACAAGUACUGAUGCAGACUGCACUGGCAGAUACUGUGAACCUCAAGACUUCAAAGAAACAGUCUACUCGACUCUUGCUAGAUUGUGGAAGCCAGAGAACCUACAUAAGUGAGGAUUUAGUGAAUAAACUCCAACUGGUGCCCAGCAAUACUGAAAUUUUGACUGUCUUCACAUUUGGCUCCACAAAGCCCAAGGAAUUUAAGACUCCGGUGGUUGAGUUUGGUUUGAAAUUAAAGAGUGGACAGACAGUGGACAUUCAAGCAAAUGUUGUUCCAAAGAUCACUGGGAUGAUUCAAAGGGCUCCUAUUAAUUCUAAGCAGUUUGAAUUCCUUGCAAAGGAGUAUCAGCUUGCUGACACUCUCCCAAAUGAACUGGAGAUGUCAAAUGUGGAAUUGUUGAUUGGAAAUGAUUACUACAGUGAUUUGAUUUUGCCAGAGAGGAAAAAGGUGAUUCCUGGUCUCUACUUGCUUGGAUCUCAUUUGGGUUGGAUCCUCUCUGGUAGACUGCCAACUGAAGAAAAGAAAGCAGCAGAAGUUUCAAUGUUCCUUAUGACUGGAAAUUCCAGUCAGCAAUAUCAGCAAUCCUUCGCUGCUCCUCUGGAGAACAUAAAUGACUUUGUGAAACCAAACUUAGACGAGUUUUGGAAAUUGGAAACUAUUGGAAUCAAGGAGCCAAUCAACGAUUGUGCUGAUGAUCUAGCCAUUCAAAACUUCCACAACACUGUUAGGAAGACAAAUGGGCGAUACGAAGUUACUUGGCCAUGGAAAGAAGAAAACCCUCAGCUCCCAGACAACUACCAGUUGGCUGUUGGUAGGCUUAACUCUCUCCUGAAACGAAUUCAAGGAAAUCCAGAAGUAAUUCAAAGGUAUGACAGCAUCAUCAAAGAUCAACUCAAAAAAGAAAUCAUUGAGGAAGUGAGUGAUAGAACUGAAGAAGGAUGUAAAAAGCACUACGUUCCCCACCAUGCUGUCAUCACCCCUGAUCGAAAAACAACUAAAGUUAGAAUUGUCUAUGAUGCAUCAGCAAAAGCCAAAAAAGGAUGCAAGAGUCUUAAUGAGUGUUUGUACCGUGGUCCUGUCAUCUUAGAAGAUCUUUGUGGGCUUUUACUACGAUUCAGGACUUACAAAGUAGCACUGACAGCAGAUAUUGAAAAGGCCUUUCUGCAAGUAGGUCUCCAACCUGCAGAUCGAGAUGUCACUAGGUUCCUGUGGCUUAAAGAUCCUACUAAGCCACUGUCCAAGGACAAUCUGCAAAUUUAUCGCUUUACGAGGGUCCCAUUUGGAGUUAUCUCAAGUCCUUUUCUGCUUGGUGCCACUAUUCUCCAUCACUUAGAACAAGUUGGAACUCCUACUGCAGACAAGAUUAUGAAGCACAUGUAUGUGGACAAUCUUUUGACUGGAGUCAAUUCAAGUAAAGAAGCAAGAGAGUUUUAUUCAGAAUCAAAAGAAGUAUUUCGAGAAUCAUCCAUGAAUCUGAGAGAAUGGGGUUCGAACUCGAAAGAAUUUCUGAAGUCAAUUCCAGAGCAAGAUAGAGUAAAGGAAACCGUAAUGAAAGUACUUGGAAUACUCUGGAACACUAUUAAAGAUCACCUGAUAGUCAAAGGUUCAAAACCAACAGAAUGUUCCUCGAAAAGAGAAGUGCUUAAAUCCAUCGCUACAGUUUUUGACCCACUGGGAUUCUUUACUCCUGCAACUCUUCAGGGAAAACUCUUCCUUCAAGAUUUAUGGGCCUCAAAGAAAGAAUGGGAUGAGAAACUGGAUGAAGAGAUGCUUCAUAAAUGGAUGAAACUACAGAAAGAGAUGGAAUGUAUCUCCAUGGUAACCAUUCCUCGAUUCAUCGGAAACUCAAAUUGUCAAUUGCUGUGCUUUUGUGAUGCCUCAACCAAGGCUUAUGCCUCUGUUAUCUACUUGAGCUCUGAUGCUGGUGUUAUUUGCUCUUCUCCAAAGCAAGAGUAGCUCCCAUAAAGAAAUUAGGAACACCUCGACUGGAGCUUCUAGCAGUGCUUAUUGGUGUUCGCACGCUCAACUUAGUACAAGAGCAACUUCAACUCCCUAUGGAAAAGAAAUUCCUUUGGACAGACAAUCAAUGUGUUCUUCAUUGGAUCAUGAGCAAGAAGCCACUAACAACUUUUGUUCAGAAUCGAUUCAAGGAGAUCACUGAAACAAAGGACAUAAGUUUCCGUUACGUCGAAACCAGACAAAAUCCUGCGGAUCUAGCAACAAGAGGAGUUUCAGCACAAGAUCUGGACAAAUGUGAACUUUGGUGGCAUGGACCGAAAUGGCUUCAGGACAGUGAGAAAACAUGGCCAACUUGGGAUAUCCCAAUGAUUACUAAAGAAACAUUGGAGAAGAUUGAAAGUGAAACAAAGGGCCCGAAAACCUUCUAUGAAACGUCCAACGUGGCUGGAGAAAACAUCAAUGAAGGGAAGGUUGAAAGCAAAGAUAAGUCAGCAUCCUUUGUCGCCCUCUUCAGAAUGGAUGAAAAGAAAUCAACUUCCCUUCUUCGGCUUCUUCGAAUUACAGCGUGGCUAUUAAGAUUUGUUCAGAAAGCUAGAAAACAGAAAACCCAAACUGGAGAGCUAAAAGCUAUUGAAAUCAAGGAAGCAAAAACUCUAUGGAUCAAGUCCAUCCAGAAGACUUACUUCCCCGAAGCAUUUAAUAGCACAAAUGGAACUGUGAGCAAGAAGGAUUACAAAAAUCAACUAGGCAUUCAACUUCAUGAAGAUGGACUACUUCAUUGCCAUGGAAGAAUGAUUCAUGCUGAACUACCUCCUGAUGCAGUAUAUCCAAUACUUCUUCCCAAAAAGAGCCACUUUACUUCACUACUCAUUAAGGAAUACCACCAGAAGCUGUUUCAUUCCCGUGUUUCUCUUACGUUAGCUCAACUCAGAAAUGAAUAUUGGAUUCCUCAGGGAAGAGCUGGAGUAAAGAAAGCAAUUCAUGACUGUGGUAUCUGUAAGAGAUUUCAAGGUGGACCCUUUAGACUUCCAUCAAUGUCUCCAUGGCCCAGGAAGAAAGUAGCACAAUCUGCCCCAUUCACCUAUACUGGUUUAGAUUAUUUUGGCCCUCUUUAUAUUCAAGGUGAAAGUUCAAAAGAAAAGGUCUGGGUAUGUCUCUUUACCUGCGUCACUGUCAGAGCCAUCCAUUUGGAACUGGUAAAGGAUAUGACUGCUGAGCAGUUCCUGCUUGCACUCAGACGAUUUCUGGCAAGAAGAGGAAAACCUACACAGAUUAUACUCGAUAAUGCGCCACAAUUUAAGCUUGCAAAAACUGCCAUUGAUAAAGCUUGGAAGGAAACAAUUUCACACCACGAGGUGCAAAGUUACACUGCCAACCAAGGAACUGAAUGGAACUUUAUAGUGGAACUGGCCCCUUGGAUGGGUGGUUUUUAUGAGAGACUAGUUGGCACUGUUAAGGGAGCUCUCAAGAAAUCAAUUGGCAAAAUCUGCCUGACCGAGAAGAAGCUUGAAACCUUUCUAGCAGAGGCAGAGGCUGUUAUUAAUUCUCGCCCACUUGCUUACGUCGGUGAGGACUUCGGUUCUGGAUUUUCGCUUACUCCAGCAGACUUCUUAGGUCUCAAUCCCAAGUCAGGAAUUCCGGUAAUCGAGAUCCAUGGCCCCCAUGAUCCAGACUAUGGAAAGAAGAGCUCAACCGAUAAAUUAGUAGAGAUUUGGGGUAAAGGUCAGCAACACCUGAAUUCACUUUGGAAAGUCUGGAAAGAUGAUUACUUACUUAACCUCAGAGAAAGACGCCAAACACAUGUAAAGGGUCCUCGAAUUCAAGCAGCAGAAGAGCCUAAAGUAGGCAGUAUAGUGCUUUUAAAGGAAGAUUUACCACGUGGGGUCUGGAAAAUGGCAAAAAUUACUGAGCUGAUUUCAAGCAGUGACGGAAAGAUCCGGGCAGCCAAAGUUCUUCUUCCAACUAAGAAAGUACUCAACAGACCCCUAAAUCUACUCUACCCGUUAGAAUGUGAUAGUGGUCGAGAAACUGAAAUGACGCAGGAUGGAGAACAGUUGAAAGAAACUGAGGAAAUUACCUCGAACACUUUGCGCCCCAUUCGAGCGGCAGCAAUUAGAGCAAGAGAACAGAUGCAAAAACUCCUUUCUUCCGAAAUAGGAACUUUCUCCUGGCUUGGGAGUGUCGCGGAGUUCCGCGGAGAACUGAAAACUAGCUAGGAGGCCUGGCUUCAAAGGAGGCUUGGCUACUCAGCAGAGAGAGAUAGAAACUGUGACUUGAAAACGUGGUCGAAGCAAACAUUGACUGAGAUUCGUUUAAUUUCUUGUUGUGUUAACAAAAGUUUAUUUCAAAAAAGUUUAGUAUUCGCAUCCUUGGCGACACAUGGAUUGGAACAGAAAACUUUCUUAUGUUAGUACGGCAGAAAGGAAUAAAAAAUCAAUUUGAACCACGCGUUCAUUGUUUAGUGCCGCCAUGUUGUUUUUCAUCAAGUCGAAGUGCAUCACUUUCAUCGCUCAAAAAACAGGAAUAAUUCAUUGAUUCGAGAUCAAAAAUCCAACAAAUACAUCGCAAACUGGUAUAAAAAUCAAGUUCGUGCCUUUAACCGCGAGGCUGUACAAUUUUUAAUGGCAAAAAAAAUUGCCGUAAAUCACUUACCGCUGGAAGCCCUUCCUGCGGUUCAAAGGUGAACGUGACCGCAAGGCCGUGGUCACGUGACAGUUUGCGGUUUGCCAUGAAAACAUGAUGCUAAAGGUCUCUAUUGUGUGAUUUCCGCAUGGUGUUGACAGGUAUGUGGUCGCGUGGUUGAGCUGUUUCGCCAAAAUAUUCUGUGCCAGCCAUAGAAACGUUUCUUCGGUGUUUAGGUUUCCUGAUUGUACCUUGGAAAAGCAACUCUCGACUCAGGGAAAUUGGAUCUACACCUAGUGUCUGAAUCCUGGUUUUGGGAGAAGAAUCUGUUUUCUUCAUUUUUCAUACGCUUUUUAGGCAUUUUGAAGACACGUAGGUGAUAACAUGCAAUAAUAACGACCUUUGAAACUAUUUGCUCAACAUAGCAAGUUUUUACAAGGCAGUUCCCUCAUUAGCCAUAUCGGGCCCACUCCCCUAACUGGAGCCGAGUACGGCGGAAGUUGGUCAGGCACGAUUUUUGGAGUAACGCGAAAAGUACUCGAUCACAAAAACACGAUGUAUCAUCAAUAUUCGCUACAAAUUAACUAGAGAAACACGGCUAAAUGAGGUAUAUUUCAACCACAAAUGAAUUGCUUGAUAUAAUAUGCGUCAAACAGGCCAGCCCGUAAAGUGAAUAUAACAGUACUCACUUGAUUCAUCAAGGAAAAAUUAUCCUGUUCUUUUUUCUCUCCAUUUCAAAGUGAGUACUGUGACUAAACAGCUAAAAAUUGUGUUUUCGCUGUAAAUAAUAGCGUCAAACGAUGUAUCUACAGAUGCGUUUUCUCUCUAGUCCCUGAUGUGUUAAGAUUCGCAAGGUUUUAGAGUGAGUACUGUUGGUGAGUUCCGUCGAGCUAUGCAAAUCAGUUCUAAGUAAACUAGCUUGGUUGUUUACUUAGUUCGUGACAAAUAGCAAAUAAACACAAAUAAAUAUUAGCAACACUUUCACCUAAAAAAUGAGCCGGCACAAUUCUCGUGAAGUCAGCGAAAAACAGCUUUUUUCUUACAUCACAAUUGCAUAGCUCGUGUCGUAUUUUUGUGUUGUACAAAUGACAAGGACGGCUAUUUAUAUCGCUUAAUAUUUUUUUCACGGCCGUUCUUUUUUUUGGAAAACAUUGUUAUUUUCUCUACCAAGCCGACUGGAUUUUUUUGACAUUCGCAGUGCUCAUAUUGAGUAAUGGCGACUGUAAUGUUGCCAUAUCUGAGUAACUUUUAUACCAGGUGAAGCACCUUGUGCUUUGUCGUAUAUCCACGACUCUAGCUCUUUGGCCUGCCGAAAUUCUUACUGUGUACACCAUCAUGUUAGUAACUCGUUGCUUCCCUUGACUGUUUUCGGACGUGAGUCUUGUUGAAAGUUAUGUUAUCCUUUGGAAUUAUGCACGCGCUUUGAGAUACUACAAUAUUCGUUUCGAGCAAAGUCAUCAAACACGUUCAAAAAACUGCGAAAAGCUGGGAAAAGGUUUGUUUAACAACGAUUUUUCAUCAGAAGCCCGAAAAAACCCUUUUACAAGCUUGAAAACCCCUCAAAAUUGCCGUUUUUUCUACCGACCUCUUUUUUAGACAAUCAUGGACAAAAGUCUUGGGAUACUUUUGCAUUUCUGGGGCGUUUUCCGAUUCACACAAGUCCAACCCCUCCCCUCACGCUACAAACAAUGUUGGACGCGUGUAUCCAGAAUUUUUUUUCGAGUUUCAACUUUGUAUAGGGUGGGGGGUGGGAGAACUGGGAGAAAUUUUCGAAAAGGAUGCACCGUUUUAAGAGGGAAUCGAGAAAUGACAGAAAAAAAUGAAUAUUGCAGUACUGUCCCAAGGACUUUUCUCGGUCCAGGAUAAUUCUUCAUAUGACACUCAGCCUUAUUCAUUAAUUGUUAAACUUAUCUGGUUGGUAUGAUUUUUGCUUAGUGAUAAGGAAGUCAAGGAGCACUUGUCGCUCUAUUUAACGAAGGCUCGAGGACUGAAACCAGAGAUUGGCCAUUUGUUGCAAGUCUGUCAGCUGUUUGUACACUGCUGGGAGGUAAACUUUGAAUUCAUUACAUGUCGUUUUGAGAUGGCGAUCUUUUAACAGAAAUGAGAUACUCAUAGCAUGCUUAUGAUUACCCUCAGUCAUUAUCUUAAGUUACCUAGAACUCGAGGUAGAUAUAUAAAGGUGGUACCCACGCGCUGCAAAAAGGAGAACGCGUUCAUAGUUUGAAAGAAGCCUGUUAAUGGCAGAAAAUGCAUCUGUGUUCUUAAGGGCUCAAGAGUUUUAGAAGAGAGGAAGGGUUAAGUUUACGAAGAAAAACUUCCGAAUGCAUGGAAUAAAACCAAUAGCAAUCCCUUUAUUGGAAACCAUCCUGUCAAAUCUCACAUAAUUACGCUGAAUUUUAGGAUUCUCUGAUCAGUCAGUAUUCUAAAACCUCGAAUAUUCUGCUGGCGAUGAUAAAACUUGCACAACAACUUUCUGAUGAAUGUACGCCAAUGCUGAUUUUAAGCUCACCUCGUCCCACUCGAGAACUUGACGUUGAUGUGCUGGAAGGCGUUGCAAAAGCGCGUUACACCUUAGCACUGACUGCCGAAUUUAUGUACAAGAGCACAGUAGAAAACACAGAGCCUUGGAAUGAUCGCCAGAUAAAGAUGAAAUUGGAGACUCUCUUUGAAACUGUAAGGAGACUGUGUUACGAGAGUUUAAGCCCAGCUCCCCGACUUUUCCUCCUCAAACAAUUGGCCAGGAGAUUUGGUGUGGAGACAAUUCAUCUGCUGUGUGGUAGGAAGGAGCUUGAGUGGAUUGUACCACCUGAGAGCAGAAACAAGCAGGUACAAAACAUAUCUAAAAAUAAAUCAUUUUAUUGUUCAAUUAAAAUAUCUCUCGGUUUCUGUUGACUUAAAUUCCACGCUUUAGGGUUGGUGAGGUACUUUUCGCCCAUUACACAGCUUGGUCAGUAACCCUAGGAACCUUGCAGCAUACUUGUGAUUUGAAACAUCUGAAUAGUAGACUUCUGAACUAAAAACGAGGGAAAUCUACCAUAUUGUAACCAUGUGACAAUGCAAUAUUUUUCGCAGAAACUGGGUAAACAAAGCGGUCACCAAUUGCCUUUUGCAAUUGUAUGAAAAUGUGUGUAUUAUAAGAAUUGUUGAAACGUGAUCGACAUAGCACACGAUUAGCUUAAAUUAGUUAGCGCCGGUCCAACACUCAGGAUCUUAAUAUGACUGACAGGAUUGGAAUGUGCUGUCUUUGUUGUGACAUCUGCAAAUGGCUUCUCGGAUAACGACAACCUUGCCCAGGCAUAUAAAAAUUGUAUGGGGACUUUCGAGAACCCAUACACAGCUGGGAAAGAGUAGAGCGGGAAAUCUCGAAAAGCCCUGACGGGGGUGAAUAACUUGCGUUUUACAUUUAGUGCCAAGGUGUCCUCCUGAGUACGAUGCUAAACUUGUUCAUUAAGUAUUACUUAGUGAAUUGUUGUUUGUUUGUUUAUUAAUUUCUUUGUUGGUAAUGCCUAUUUUUCAAGAUAUUGUGAUUUCAAUUUUCAUAUGUCAGCUGAGUAAAGGUUUUUGUUAGCCCUAAUCUCAGUGGAAAAAAUGAAAUUUAUGAGUCCGCGUGAGUUUACUUCGCAAGAUCUUUUCUGUUGGUGUUUAUUUGUUUGCUGGUUUGAUUGAUUGUUUUCCAGGAAGAAGACAAUGUUCCUGAUGGUUUCGUGAUUUAUGGAGAAGAAUACAAGAAGAUCAGAGAAGCCAUGGCCAAAACAGUGCUUGGUGGAACAAACAGAGAGCUGACUGACGCACUAAAGGUAUAAACAAAUCUGAAAUACUUUAGUCUAACAUUAUCAGUUAUUUUUCCUUUUGUACUCUUUAUAUUUUGCUGUUGAGUGUGCUUCAGUUGAAAGUUCUGAAUCCAAAACCAAAGUAUUUAACUUUGCUAAUCGCAGUAGGUGAUGACAUCACACAAACUUUAGGGCAAACAAAUUCGGGAUCGUGUUCGUAACCAACAUAACCAGUUAUCAGUCAAUGGUCGUCUUUGGAUACACAUAGACCUGUCAUUAACGCUUGUCCACCCAAAAACGUUCCCUGAAAUCUUUGCGCCGAGAGCUUUUUUCCGAUCUCCCGUAGUUUAUGAGUGGCGAAUGAGGACGCCCCUGUGCGUGGGUCUUUUGUCUGUGACUGAAAAAUCAAAAAAACAGUUUCACACUUUGUGAGAAUCACAUGAUGUUUCUUGUUACAUUUCAGUCCGUUACCGUAACAAACGUUGUAAGAGACGUUAUGUAGCUAUUGUCUUUAUUCCGUGAAGUUACCACAACAUGUUAUGGCUUCACUGGCAAAGAACGUCGUCUCUCCACCAAGGUACGUGUUCCAGAAAAGAAAAACAAAUAUAACGCGAUAAUGGUAUCGUAUGUUUCGAUGUUAUGCCCCAGUCAGAUUUACAAAAUUUAAUUUAAAUUUGAAUUAUUAAAAUAUGGCUGGGGCGUAAUAUCGACAAAUACGAUAUCAUUAUCAUUUCACGUUAUUACGUACGUUUCUCCCUUCUCCCAAAUACUUUUUGUUACUCAUUUGCAUGCAAUGAAAGUUUACAACACCCGAACAGUUAGCCAUCGAAGUUUUGCUAAUCAAGAUUCUCCCUUAUUUUUUGACCAAUGACUUUUGUUCACUUGUUCCAAAGUAAUCAACGCUUUCGAGCGAUAGAAUUCGUGGACCAACCCGUUCCGGAAAAGUUCUAAAUCGCAUUAAUCUUUCCUAAGCUUUCUUCGCAAAACAUGCGUGGCUUCGGUCGCGCAACGAUUAUUAUUCCCAGGCGGUUUCCAAGGUCUCCGCUAGGAACGCCUGGGACCAUGUCUUCCCUUUUGUGUACUUGAUACAGUGAAAAAGGACGGCUUGCAGAUGAGGAGUCUCGCUGCUACGCAAGCGACACUAAUAAAGCAUAUUACUUCAGGUCUUCUUCGUCAAACCAAGUAAAACGAGUAUUUGUAUCCUCGUACACGUUUGUUCCUUUUUUGCUCAAACAGGCCCACCAGUGUCUUCAGGAAUUCAUACAAGAGGGCACAUAUUUGUCUGGAAAG